AUGCUUCGCCCCCGAGCUCUCGCGUCGGCAUUGAACAAAAUGAACACCGGUGGCAUUCAGUCGGUAAUGCUUUUCAAUCCGGAGGGUGUUUUGCUUGCCUUCACCAGUUUUGCCGGUGAAAGUGAACGAAUGAAGGCGGCCAUUGCAGCCAACAUUUGGAAUAUUUGUCAACGGUAUUUAGAGGCUGGAACUGUUCUUACAAUUGGUGUGCUUCUGUGUAGAGUGAUGAUGAUGAUGGUUAAACGGCUUGAAUCGUAUUUGUUUGAACAGGUCAUUCAAAACCAGUCAUUUGAAGAAUCAACACUGUGGUUCGAUGAUUUGUAG